AUGGCAAUGAUCCUUAAUUUCUUUGUUUCAAGAUACCUUAAAGUCGUAACAGAGUUUCUGGAGGGAGAGAUGUGCAAGGUGCUAGGUGUGAAGAAGGAGAUCAAAUCCCUGACGGAAAACUUGGUCAAAAUCAGAUGUUUGAUCCAAGAUGCAGAGCGGAAGAGGCGUGGGAGCGCCGUCAUUGACAACUGGGUGAGGAUGCUGAAAGAUCUCAUGUACGAUGCCGAUGAUAUCAUCGAUCUCUGCACGAUCGAAGGUGGGAAACUUUGGAAGCUCCGCCGGCAUCAGCGUCAGCGACUGAAAGAAAUGGCCGAGUUCAAUGCCUUGGUGUCUGAGAUAGUGUCGGCAACCCAAGAACCCCAACCUCACAAAACAACUACACGGGAGACAUCUCCCUUAGAAGUUGAGGAGGACAUUGUAGGGGAACAAAUUGAAGUAGCUGCCCACAAUCUGAUUGAUGCCAUGCUCCAGAAAAAUAAGCAAAAGUGUCGUGUUUUUGGGAUUGUAGGGAUGGGUGGCAUCGGAAAGACCACUUUAGCACGUAAAAUAUACAACGAACAAAGGAUCAAGGACAACUUUCCUAUCAGUAAAUGGUUGUAUGUGUCUAAGGAUUAUUCCGAGAUCGAAUUACUGAAAGAGCUAGUAAGGUGUGCAGCCGAAGGUGCAGAAUCUUUUAAGGGAGAAAGCAUGUCAGAAUUGGAACCUAAACUCGCCUCUCUCCUGACCAAAAACUUGUUUCUCGUGUUGGACGACGUUUGGAGUGCAACUGUUUGGAAUGAUUUCCUCAGGAGACCACUAAGUAAAGGAGAAGGCAGCUGCACGAUCUUAGUUACCACGAGAAAAGAAAGUGUGUUGAUAGGUAUCAGACAUAGCUAUAUCCACCAAGUGGAGAAAAUGGAUGAAAAUAGUGGGCGGAUGUUGCUUCGGAAGAUAGUAUUCGAAGCUGGGGAGGAGGAUGACAUGCGUAGGUAG